AAUCUUGGAAAUGAUUUUCAUUGUAAGUCUUUCUAUCAUCUAAACAAUGAAACAAAAUCAUCUAAUUAACUACUUGUCUCAUAUUACAAUUUGUUUAUUAUUUGGUGUAAAUUAGUUUUAACAAUUGUCACAAUAAUCAAAGUCAUCAUCAACUAAUUAAUUGAUUCAUUAUAAUCAUCCGGAUUCUAAACCUUAAAUGAUCAACUUGUUUAACCUUAAAUUUUGUUUACUAUUAACAAUUAAGGUUUCAUUGGUUCAAUCAAAUGAUGCUAAUCAACAUCAAGAUAUUAUAACGGUUAAUUUAAAGGAUCCUUGGGGCUAUGAGGCAAUUAAACAGAUUCACAAUAAAAUUGAUUACGAUCAAAAUGGAUCCAUUGAGAGGAAGGAAAGUAUUGAGUUUAUUGUGAAAGAUUUGAAAACCAAUGAGGGAAAUGAGGCUGAUAAAAAGGAGAUGACCCUUCAUGCUGGCGAUAGUUCAAUUAGUGUUGAUGAAAUGUGGGAAACUUGGAGGAAAUCUGAAGUUUCCAAAUGGUCAGUUGAUGAGACAAUUAAUUGGCUAAUUAAUCAUGUUAAAUUACCUCAAUAUACUGAUAGUUUCAUUGAGAAUCACAUUGAUGGUUCACGUUUACCAAGGAUUGCUGCUAAUCCAGCAUUUGCCACUCAUAUCUUAAAGAUAACUGAUCCAUUAGAUAGACAGCGAUUAACUUUAAAUGCAAUUGAAGCCGUUUUGUUUGGCGUUUCAAAUGAUCGCUUUUUACUUGAUCGAUAUUUAAUCACAGUUCUAAUUGGAGUUGCGUUUAUCCUUUGGUUUGUUCUUAAUCAACGACGUAAUGUUCAACAUCGAUUGGAUAAAGUUUUCCGACAAAUGUCCACUUUACAGGAAUCUCGAGAUAAACUUUUAACCAUUCAAAGGGAAUUGGAAAAAACUAAAGAGGGUAAACAACAGGUUAUCGAUGAGACGGAAAAUUUAACUUCCAUAUUAAGGUCACAAUCAUCGAGCGAUUUAGUUUACCAACGGGAUCAAUCGUUACAGGAAAAAGGAUCUUCGCUAAUCAAAGAGAUCGCUGCGACUCGACGAUCUUUGGCCAAGGCUGAAUUAAUGUUGUCACAAACUCCAUUUGAAAGGAUUCAACAGCAGAAAAUUCAAUUACAACGAUGGCUUCAAAUUACUUAUGAGAUUGAAAAUAAAAACUACAACGAGCAAAAAACUCAAUAUGAGGCUGAAUUAAUUAAACUCAAGAAUAAGCUUGGAGGUAAACGUAAGAAAACCAAUCGAAAAUUAUCAGAGCAUUAUUAUGAAGAUUUAAAGGCGACUCGGCUUAGAUUAACUGGAUUAAUUAAUCAAAUUGAAAUUUGUCGAGAUAAAUGGAUUAAGAUUGAAAAUCUUUGUGGUUUUCCAAUUAGAGAUAAUCCUGGUUUACCUGUUCUACAACAGGUAAAACCCCCGAAUUUAACCAGAAUGUCAUCGGUGGUUGAUGAAAGUGAAACAAGUGAUCAUGAAGAUGAAUCUUUUACGCCUUCUCCUGAUAUUAAUGGUGAAUUUUUCCCAGAAUUUCAAUUUUUACAUCGACCAUCAAGCCGAACUGGUGAUUAUUCAACAACCAAACUAAACAGUUCCAAGCAACUGAUGCGAUUAAUGUCCAACGAUGAACCGAUUGACUCUGUCUCAAGAUAUCCAUUACGAACCAGUAGAUCAACAUACUUUGAUAGGCCAUCAAAUGAUUCGAUGACAAUGAAGACAAAUGAGCAAAACUUGUCAACAAGAAGUUCCAAUCCAUCGAGACGACACUUUAUUAGAAGAUCAAGUUCACUGCAAGAUAUUUUAUUCCAGAUUCCAAAGCAAAGUCGAUCCGGUAAAGAUGUUGAUUUUUCGGCCGAAAUUUGAUUCGAAAUUAAGUCCAACUUUCGAUUUAAUUAUCGAUUUACUUAAGUAAUCCAGUCAAUUUGAAUGUAAUUUAAUUCCAUUAAAAGAUUACCAAUCUGUUUGUUUGUAUAUGUACAAUAAGAUUAGUCAAAUAAAAAGAUUUUCUGGUUUAACUGUAAAAGAAAAA